AUGGCCAACAACGAUUCCGAUGAUCCUCAAGCUGAAAUCGGCAAAUCAUCUAGUGAUCAGAAAGAAGAGUUUAACCGUUACGUUCGACAAGACAGAAGUCCGAGGCCACCACCACCAGAGGUUCAACUUUAUGCAAAUCAUCCUGCAGCAAUUCCAACACCAGAUAUGCAAUCUAUGCUUCUCUCUCUUCCGAAAGAAAUUCGACUAGAGAUAUAUCGAUAUCUGAUUCUUCCCGUGAGAUGGGUUUUUGUCAGGCGAGGGGGUGAUAAUUUAAGUUCUGGCGGUAGUUCAUCAUCGGAUGGUUGGACCGACGAAGAUACGAUCUCAUUCGAUGGCGAUAAUUCAGACAUGGAGAUAGAGUAUGAUGGACCCGGGGGUAUCGAUGAGUUGGGAACUUUAUUGUGGUCAAUGGCGGAGCAACAAGGUACGAUCGAAACAAAUGAUGAUCCAGAGUUCCCGUCGAAUCCCGAAGCGGAGUCCAUUCUCAGUGAAGUCGACCCGGCAAUACCUACACCUGACGAUGUUGAAGUGGUGAACUUAGAAGAUGGAGGAACGGCCAUAAGAACAAAGUACGGAGGGAAGUGGGAAACAGACUCUACAAGCUCCGAUGGAAGCGACUUCGUAGCAAAAUACCGCAUGUGGCCUGAGAUCUUGCGGGUUAACAAACAAAUAUACGAAGAGGCCUCUUCCAUGUUCUACACUGAAGCCACCGUCGUCAUCUGUUGUAACGACCUUCUCUUUUUCAACGACAAGAUUUAUAAAUUGGGUACCAUGUAUGGUAUGAAUCCAUGGAGGCACAAUCCUCUCACAUCUGUCGCGAAAAAACUGCCAAAUGGCACCAUACAAUACGAUCAAGAGGACUUGGGUGGAUGUAUGGAGCCUCACAUAUUCGCAAAAUUUCAAAAGAUUAUCUUCGAUUGUGCACUGGAAGAAGAUCAUACCGAGAACGUCCCAUUAUUUUUGGACAUCGAGACUGGGAAAUUUGAUUCUGAAGAUGAAACUAGAUUUCGCAGAUGCGUAAGCAGUUUGACCUUCGUCAAGGACUUUGUCAAGAUCUUAUCUAAAUCCCCAGUCGUCAAUAAGCUCACCAUCAAUCUACUUGUCGAAGUCACGGCCGAGACACGUUUAUAUGCCGAAUCGAUUGAUUCAGAUGAUGAAGAUGCAUUGGAUGAAAUGGAGGACAAACAAAGCAAGGCGGAUCUCAAGGCUAAUAUGAACGCCACGGAAAUAUUCAUGGAUUGCGGCAUGUUCAAACCUUUGAAACAUCUGAAGAAUGUGAGAAAAUUAGAAUUCCGAACCGGCUUUGCCGACUUUGUACCUGCAGUCGAUUAUGAGCCGAAGGAGAAAUAUCAACUUAUGGCAAACAAGCUUAAGAGUUUGGUAGAGGGUAAUUUCAAGGCGCCGGAAGAACCUACCAGGGGCGGUCUUAGAAGUCAGGGAAGUGUCACACAACAUGGGGCUAUCUAG